AUGCAGAACGACCCACUGCUCCCUAAACUCAUACCUCUUCCGCGGCCCAACCUUCCUGCCGGGGCAUAUCGCUCCCCAUCUCCCAGUCGGCGAACCAGUGUUGCUAUGAUAUAUGCACGGCCGAGCUAUUCCGCCUUCAAAGAAAUGAAUGCAGCAGACGAAGCGAGGAGACGAGCGGAGUUCGUGACCCCCGAACUCGACGACGCUGCUACGCACUCAGGCCUUACCCCGCCAACGCCAACACCCACUCGCUUUCCUUCAAAACAAGCUCGCGUUAUGGAUCCAGACUCGCCGAUGGACGAUUACGAGGAUGGCGAGGACGACCAGGUUGACGAAGACCAAGCGGAAAGCACCCCGUCCCCCGCCCAUGCCGCCACCGACCUUGAACCCGUGCAAAGAACGAUGACCGAAGAGAAGGCUAUACAGGUACCCGACCCGGACAUGGAUGCACCCAUUACACCUCCAAGCGACCAACACAUUACCCCCAACAACUCGCCCAGUAAGAAUGUAGGCAGCCUCAGCGGCGAUGCCAUAUUCCGAGACGUGAUGGGUCUGCCUCCAGCAGUUGGUAUGACUGCAGCAGAUGCUGCAAAGGUCGCCGAGUCCAAGAAGUGGUCGAUACCACUGGCCGCGGAAGGUGAUGCCAACGGGUCGGGCCUCAAAGCGCCUCUCGAUGUAGCCGUUGAGGAGAUCGAUGGUCCCCAGUCGGUGUUGAGCGCAGCGAGACAGGGCGUCGGCGCGAAGAUGAAAGGGAGGGCGCGGGAUGAACGAGAGGAGCGGAAGCUCAAGGCCGAUGGGCCGUCAAGGGAAGAAGCAAGAACAACUAGUGAUUGUGUAGACUAUGUAACAUGGAUGAUGCUCUGGCUAUAG